ACUGACGACAACAACAACUUUUGAUCUCAUACCAGAUGAUCAAGCUAGCUUGAAGCUAAGUCGAAAUAAUUUACCAGUGUGUUUUCAAUUCACUUGUCGGUCACUAUUAUUUAUUUCCCUGUUCGCAAUCAACAUGUCUAGUCUGAAAUUGAGUUUAUUUCAUAAUUUAUUUGUAUGCUUUAUUUUAUUUAAUUGUCUAAUAAAUGACAGCUUUGCUGAUACUGAAAAUGCUGAUGAGACAGUUGAAGUAAAAUUUCAGAAUGAAGAACGAAAUAUUACAAUAAUCGGUGUACGUAACGAGAGUUUUAACGCUAAAGAAUAUUAUGCAUUUCGUGGCAUACGGUAUGUAAAGCCGCCCGUAAAUGAGCUGAGAUUUAAGGAUCCUCAGCCACUCACUCAGCUGCCAUUAACCAUCGACGCCCGCUACGAUGGACAUGACUGUCCUUCAAUUUAUGCUACAAAUGCCUCCGAGGAUUGUCUCACACUCAAUAUUUAUAUGCCGACGACCAUAGAAGCCGCUGCGUUACCUGUAUUAGUCUUCAUACAUCCCGGUGGCUUGUAUGUUGGUUCGGCGCUUAGUAAUUUCAUUGGCCCUGCUUAUCUGCUCUCGAAACCACUUGUAGUGGUCACUUUCAAUUAUCGUCUUGGCACACUUGGUUUCCUACAACUCGGCACACGUGAGAUACCGGGUAAUGCGGGUUUCAAAGAUCAAGUGUAUGCCUUGCGUUGGGUUGAGAAAUAUAUUGCACACUUUGGUGGUAACCCUAAGGAUAUUACGCUCAUGGGCUACAGCGCUGGUGCAUUGAGUGUUAGUUUGCAUUUGGUGUCGCCUAUGUCGCGUAAUCUCUUCCAAAAAGCUAUAAUAAUGAGUGGCUCAUUACCACCUCAAACAGUGUUGCCGCAGCAUUCACAGUUGGAGCUGUUGCGCAAACAAGCUCGUGUGCUCCAAUGUACGGGCGUCAUGAAUGAAGUGGAGAUUUUAAAUUGUUUGGCCACUUUUAGUGGCACUGAAAUUGCGGCAACCCUACGUAAGCUAUUUGUUUUCGGCAAAGAUAAUCCAAUUUACAUUUAUCUGCCAGUUAUUGAAAGAGAUUAUGGACAAGAACGCUUCUUAGUUGAAGAUCCUUACGAAAGUCUGCAACAUGGCGCGUUUUCGAAAUUGCCCAUUUUAAUUGGUUUUACAAAUGGAGAAUUUUGUCAAUCAGCUGUGGACAUCUUCAAAGACACCAAGUUGGUUCAGCAUUUCUUUGAAGAGUUUGAAAAUGUGGCGCCAGAAAUUUUUAUGUACGCCAAUCAUGACGGAAAUUUUAGUAUGAUCAAUGAGGUGCUGAAAAAUUAUUAUCUACGAAAUUCAGAAGAGUUGACGCGAGUUAACCUACCGCGUUUAUGCGAUUUUUUCUCAGAUGCAAUUAUUCGCUUUGGUGCACAUCGCUUGGUGGAGUUAGUUGCACCGUAUACUAAAGUGUUUCCGUACAGCUUUGAGUUCAGAGGAGAGUUUAGCAAUUUGGAUUAUCCCCUAAGACCAGCCCGCGUUGAGCAUAUGGACGAUUUAAUGUAUUUAUUUGAAAUGCCAUCAAGUAACUUUAGUCGUACGGAGUCCAAUCUAGAUAUGAUCCGGGGAUAUACGAAGUUCGUAUAUGAUUUCGUUAAAGAAGGUGAUAGGCUUUUUGGGAAAAUACCAACUUAUCCAGCUGGCUACACUAAAAUUUAUCGUGAUUUGGAAUUCCAACCUGGCACGAGUUUCCCCAUGGACACCUACGAGAUGUGGAAGGAUUUAUUUCUAACUUCAAAACGAAAGAAAAAUAAGAAAAAUAAACGGAUACAAGAUUUACAAGCAGAACCGAGUGUCGGAAUUAAAAAUGUGAUUGACAGUCAAAUAUUGUUGAAAAAUUUUGUUCUUUACUUAUUUUCAAACUAUUUAUGAACAUGCGCUGACUGAACUUAGAACCUUAUAUUUUAGUGAUCAAUUUUUUUGAGAUUAUGAAAGUAUGAGGGAAAGUAUCCCGGAAAUAUAUACCAACGUUUCCAAUUACAAGUUUAAUUUCUUUAUUCUCUUUAUUUUCUUUUUGUAUGCCUGAAUUGUAUUUUGAAAAAUAGUUUACAUGUUUAAAAAAACUAGUAAAUUUUUUCCCUGGUCCGCGUUUUAAAC